AUGGCUUGGUGGGAUAGUUCUGCGCCCGGCUGGGUCGAGAAUCUCAUGCCAACCUACAUACAAGAGCUCGGCGAGUUCCGAUCAGAAGUCAUGUGUCAGAUUGAUAUCCUGAUCAACCAUCCAGGCCACCAGCAAUUAGUGAGCGAGAAAAUCAUUCGCAUGGCUCGAUCCAUGCGCAAGAUCAAAGGACUGGCGUUUGAUAUCUCGGUGUAUCUUCCACACCAUGAAUUCGUCACUGGCGCAUGCCCUGGCUUCUACCAGACGACCUUUCCUCGGGUGUGUGAUUUUAUUGAGAAUACCUUGAUUGAACUGGGUAGGGCUCUAUUAGACUACCCGGAGAUUCAAGAUUCUGUUGCUUCGCAGCUCCAGGAUUUGUUAGCCUCAAUGUAG